AUGUGGCGAGUUGAUCUCACCGCUAGAAGCAGUGUUACCAACUACAGUUCCCAGUCAAUAGGAGUUUUGAGGCGUAAUGGAGCGUUCGUGGUGGCGACCGGAGUAGUGGUGAUCGUAGAAGUUUUGAAUAUUGGCUACCGUGACGAUAACACAAAGCAAAACAGCAAGCAUGAAGGAAGAGUCUGCAGCGCCGAGAGAUGUGGUCCCGCGACGAAUACGUUUGAGACGUGUAGCGCUGGCCGGCUGCCAAUUCCGUUGGAAGCACUUGUCACACGGGUUUUCGUCUCCGAUAUGACACGAGCUCGUAUGGAGGGCUUGCUUGAUGCAUUUCCAAAACUCAUAGGCAACGACAAAGACUCAGCUCAACGACAGCAUACGUUUAUCGAGAGCGCGACAGUGUACGCUAUGAUCUUACCAUUCCUCUGGAGUAACUGUUACAUGAUUCCUGAGUAUUGCCGGUCAAACGACGAAAAGGAAAUCCUAGCGCAUGAUUUUGACUUGAUCUUCGCUUUCGACGAAGUUGUCACACUCGGGGCUAUACGCGCUACAAUGAAUGUUUUAGAAAGUGUGAAUCUGGCGCAGAUUCGUACAUUCACAGAGAUGGACUCGCAUGAAGAGCGCGCAAGAACGAGAGCUGCCAAGCAAGCUAUGGCCGAGAAGGCGAAGGAAUUCAAACGAAUGCAGAAGGAGGCUCUCAGCAAGGGUCUCAAGCCAGGUCUACUCCAAUGGAAUGUGCUCGAUUGGAAUUCCAAUGCAAUCGCUUUCUAUGAGACGUUGCCGUGCGAGAAUCUCACAAAGAAGGAGGGUUGGUUACUGUAUCGACUAGACGCUGAAGGAAUAGCUGCCUUGGCACAACCGAAGAUCUCAACUCCUCGGCAGGAACAAAAACUUCAAAACGGUAGUGAAUGA